AGUGUCGGCAACUAGGAUUCUGAAUGUACUUUGGGUUGGAAGUCUGUCGUCCGAAUCUAGGGAUUUUUUCUUUACUUAUAGCAAACAUAUAGGACGGCUCGUUGGCAUCGAUAGAUUUUCUCCUAUAUGCCAUGGCGCAAGAGAUGCGUGAUUGGUCCGAACUUCAACACGAUCUGCUAGUUCUCAUUGGUAGACGUUUCAAUUUGAUUGAAGACUACUUAAAUUUCGGCACUCGGCACCGUCUGUAAAUCCUGGCACUCCGCAGCCACCAAAAACAAUUUUAACAGUGAAUUGCCUAGAGUUCCAUGGCUGAUGUUACCAGAAGAGGAGGAUAAAAGGGACAGUUGCUGUCGAAAAUUCUUCAGCCUCUAUAAUGAUAUGAUUUUGAAGAAGAGGAUUCCUAAAGCUAGAGGAAAACGAUGUGUGGAGUCUAUGGGAUGGCUUAUCACAGUUGGAAAAGACGAGGGUGAAGCUAGUUUGCUACAUCCUUUCUCCGGUGUUCAGUUCGAAUUGCCACAUCAAAAUACCACUAAAGAUUUUGAUGAACACGAGACUGGCUAUCCGUUUACUUUUUUUCGCAAGGCAGUUUUGUCAGCUAGUCCUUUUUAUACAUCCGACUUUGUUCUCAUGGUCAUUGAGGGAGGCAUUAGAUUCCUCAGUUUUUGGAGACCUGGAGAUUUGAGAUGGACCAGGGUUAGCUGGGACAGAUCAGAUCAUACUCCAUUUGUUGAUGUGGUAUAUUUUAAUGGCCGCUUUUAUGCAGUAGAUUAUUCCGGCCGCGUCCUUGUUUGUGAUGUAGCUGGCCCUGAACCCACUAAAAAAAGUCAUAUCAUAGCGCAGUUACCAUUUGGUCCUCGAGACAGGCUAGAUCAUUUAUACAUCGUAGAAUCACUAGGAUCAUUAUUUAUAGUUGUGCGAGAUGGUGUUCAAAUAAGCCAAGUCAAAGAUGAUUGUGACAGGAUGAGGAUUCCAUUGACUUACAUCGUAGGAGAAAAUGAGGAAGAGCUUCGGGAUGGGGAGGAGUUAAGAUAUGGAACAAAACAAUUUGGAGUUUUCAAGGUUGAUUUAGCUGCUGCUGGCAAAGUAACAGAAACCAGGGAAUUAGGGGAGAGAGCUUUUUUUCUGGGUGCUAAUGCUUCUCUUUCUGUCCAAACUUCUCAAUUUCCAGGAAUCAAGCCCAAUCAUAUUUAUUUUACUGACGAUUUUUUUGAAUCAUACCUCGGCUUUGUUGAAGGAGGAGGCUUGGACAUGGGGGUGUUCAACUUAGCAGAUGGCAGCAUCCAGAUGCAUUACGAGGGUGUUUCCCUCAGUCGUGUUUGUCCUCCAACUUGGGUCACACCAACUCUGUGUUAGAGUCAGACAUAUUUGUUUAUUUGCUCUAUUUGUUAUGUAUUUUUACUAUAAAAGUCGAAUGAUUUUUUAUUUAAAUAAUUACAUUCUGUCAUUUACCUUCAGAAUCCAUUGAUGUAUCUUUCUUGUUUUCAAUAUAGCUGGACAAAAGAUAAUUCCGUUAAUUGUGAUACUUUCUUGUUUCCAAGUAUGUUGUGUUCGAAUGCAAUCAGGAUUGGCUUUAUU